UCGACAUCGCUAUCGACGGUCUCAAGUCGGAAUACCGGUAUGUCGGCAAGAUCUGCUCCUUCAACUUCACCGUUCAGAUUCCCUGUGGAUUUUGAUCCGAGUCGUCGUUGGACAUUCAUAGCAACCGGCAAGACUCCACGAGGUGCUCCACGAGGACUUGUCGCCCCAUAUAUGUACACACCAAGACAGGUCCGCCACGUGCACACCACCGAAAUGAAGCGUUUACUUGCCGAAUUGGACAGCCGAUUACAAGACUGCCGUAUGCUAGCUUCACCACGAUCAUCAUCUCCUAUGAGCUCAUAUGGAUCAUCUAAAAAAUUGGAUCCAUACCCACCAAAAUAA